ACGAGCGAGACGUCGUCACUCCCGCUAAAGCAGCCGUGAGUGGGGGUGUUCGCAUAUGGCAGUCGGCCAGUCGGCUGUUUGCCUUCCUGGGGCACGGGCCGUUCCUCAGGCUCGCCUGUAGACUCUGAUAUACUCUGAUCCACGGAGAGACCGUGCGUUCGCGCGUCCGUCGCCGCCAGUCCUAGUUUCCUUAUUUUUCCGUGGUUCCUCGAGCUCACGGGGGUGAGGUGCUCGCGGUGUGGCGCGGAUUUCCGCUUCCGCGUGCUGUAUCGGAGCUACGCUCCCCGUGAGCGGCAUGCUCAACAAUAUCACCGCUGGCGGUUCCGUACACGGUAUUUCCGGAGUGAAGGAUGCGCCGGAUUUGAAGCGGUACGAGAAGGAGCACGGAGUGCUGGGUGUGAAUUUGGGCUCCAGUCUGUCUGCGGGUGGUGGCCUCGCACUUCAUCAGGAAUUGAUCAUGACUAUGCCCGGCGCAGGGAGCGCAGCGGUGAUCGGGCAAGGUGAUGACAAGCCUGCGAAGCAAAAGCGACAUCGGACGCGGUUCACACCGGCACAGCUCAACGAGCUGGAAAGGUGUUUCGGCAAAACUCACUAUCCGGACAUCUUCCUAAGAGAGGAAAUCGCUCUAAGGAUCGGCCUCACGGAAAGUCGCGUUCAGGUAUGGUUUCAAAAUCGCCGGGCGAAAUGGAAGAAGCGCAAGAAGACGACGAACGUGUUCCGGUCCUCCGGAUCGUUGCUACCGUCGCACGGCUUGCCUCCUUUCGGAGCGAUGAGCUCGGAUUUGUGUGGCGCUGGAAUGUUUCACACUCCUGCGGACAGAUGGGGAAUGGGAACAGGUCUCGGCCAGCUGCAGGGCGGCAUGACAAUGAGCAGUUUUGGGCAACUCGGUCAACAAAGCACGGGAAGCCUGGGCUCGAGCCUGAACCUUGGCAAUUCCGGACUCCCCAUCAACAGCCCGUCGCAAUCCGUCUACCACACCAGUUACGGACUCAACUCUAUCGGUGGCGUUCACGUGUCGGCAUCUCGGGGCUCGCCACCGGGUAGCUCCUCGGUGGGUGGCGGUCAGGGCGGCGGGAUGGGUUCGAGCCUCAACUGCGGUCAAGGUUCGCCAGGUACGCCUUCCGGCAGCGGAGGAGGCGGCGGCGGAGGCGGUGGCGGCGGCGGCGGCGGCGGCGGCGGUGUCUCCUGUGUCGGUGCCGACGUGAGCGCGAACGAAGCGUCGGACUGGAGAGGCGCCCACAGCAUCGCGGCGCUUAGACGCCGCGCCUCGGACGCGUCGCAGCAGUACAGUCCACAGCCGCCACCACCCCCAGGACCACCUCAGUACACUCACGACAUGGAGUACAGUUCCGUUUACUGAGGCGUCAGCCCAAACGUCCUAACGUUCAGUUCCACGGAAGAGAAAAAAAUGAGAAACUACCGAUCGAUAGGAGCUUGUGGUAAUCCCAUGGAACGAGUACUCCUCUCUCUCU